UUAGUUACUUGGUAGGUAUAUAAUCAUUACCAACAUAUUCAGUGAUGAUGGAUUCGUCUCCAAAAAGAUAUGCUUCUAAUUUUACGAGUUCUACGGCACAGAGAGGUGUUGAGGCUAAGGAAGUCGAAAUUGCUAAUGCUCGUCUCGACGUGAAUGUAUCAACAUCGAGUCAAAUUGGCGCAGAGAGCUCCCAGCAAGACGCCGAUGACUAUGGGCCUUUGGAGGACACCGGAUCAUAUUUGCAGGUGGUGGUGGAAAAGCAUCGACGUAAGCACGAGCGCGCAGCCGUUGCCGUACAGACGGCGCGAUUACCGUCUGCCUCCAGCCCCGCCGCCGGCGUCGCGGAUCAGGCACGCUGCGCAAUAAAUAUACUAUAA